UUUAUUUACAUUUAUUUUGAGUAUCGUCUUUUUGUAUUUUCGAAUAGUUAAAAUUCACAACAAAUAAUGAACAAAACUAUUAGAAGAUCAACAAGAGAGGUGAUUUUUAAGGUUUAUAGUCGUUGUCUUGCAGAAUAUAGAGCAGGAAGGAUUUCGUCAGAACUUGAUAAUGUUUUUCAAAGAACAGCAGAUAUGACUGGUAAAUCUGUUAGCACUGUCAGGAGGAUUGUAGUAGAAGCAGUAAAAAACAAUGCUGUUUUUUCUACACCUGGAAAACACAGGAAAGGUCGCCCCAGAAAACAAUUAGACAAUUUCAAUAUUUGUGCCAUUAGACAAAAAGUUCACUCCUUUUACACUGUGAAAAAACAGGUGCCAACUUUACGUAAUCUACUGCCAGUAGUUAAGGAAGACUUGGGAUUUGAUGGGAGCCGUGAACAUUUACGAAAAGUCCUAAUAUCACUUGGUUUUAAAUAUAAAAAAUGUCAAUCAGAACGAGGUGCCUUGAUAGAAAAGACAAAUAUCUCAGCUAAACGUGAAGAUUACCUCAAAAUCAUCAUUGACAAUAGAAAUUUGCCUGUAGAACUGAGGAAAGAUGUAAUUUACAUUGAUGCAAGUUACUUACACCAAUCCUACAAGCUACAAAAAUGCUGGCAAUCAAUCAAUGUUAGCAGAGUGAAGCAAAAUGGUUUCAGAGACAAAAGAUACAUAAUUGUUCUUGCAGGCAAUGAAAAAGGCUUUGUCCCAAAUACUUUACUAAGUUUUAGUGGGACAAAUAAAAAUGAUGAUUGUCAUUCUGAGAUGAAUAAAAGGAAUUUUACCAAGUGGGUGAAAAAAAAAUUAAUUCCCAAUUUACCAGAGGCCUCAAUUGUGGUAAUGGAUAACUCUUUUUAUCACUCAAUAGUUUUAAAUAAGGCUCCAACAUCGGCUUCAAAGAUAAGUGACAUUAAGAUGUGGUUAACAGAAAAUGAUAUAGCUUAUGAUAUAACAUUAAAGAAGCCUCAACUGUUGAUGCUUGUUAAACAACACAAACCCGAGCCUUCAUACGAAAUAGAUGAAAUUUUGGAAGCACAUGGUCACACUGUGGCAAGAAUACCGCCAUACCACUGUGACCUAAACCCAGUAGAAUUAAUUUGGGAAAUAGCCAAACAAAAAAUAACCUCACUUAAUGUAGGCUCUAUUGACAUAAAGGAAGCAGCUGAAUUUGCAUUCCAAGAUAUUUCUGUAGCUGACUGGGAUAACUCAUGCAAAGAUGUAAUGAAAAUUGAAAGAGAGUAUUAUGAGAGGGGAAUAACUUUAUAUGAUGACAUUGACAGUCUUGCAACUAAUAUGAUGAUCAGCAGUAGUGAUGAAACUUCAGAAUCUGAAAGUGAAGAUGAUGGUAUCUCAACAAGCAUGGAUGUCGAUUUUUCGGAAGUGGAAUAUUUGGAAGACCAUCUUUUGGAUGAAUAAAAUUCUGAAAAUAAAUUAGAAUUUAUA